GCGCACGCGCAAAAACUCAGCCACGGCAUGCGCCACGUGACAACACUGGGUGACGGCUGGCCUUCGGCUGCGGGACAAUUGCUCCGUGGCGCGUGGUAGCAGCCGGUUUCGUGCGGCGCGCGGGCGCGAUGGGCCGCAGGCAGCGCAACCGCCAAAGGCAGCAGCAGCGCCGCGAGCGGGGCGGCGGCGGGGACGGGCAGGGCCGGGAGCAGGCGGGCUGGGAAGGCGGCUACCCCGAAAUCGUCAAGGAGAACGCGCUGUUCGAGCGCUACUACCGGGAGCUGCGAAUCGUGCCCGAGGGCGAAUGGGAGCCUUUCAUGGCGGCGCUGAGGGAGCCGCUCCCCGCCACCCUGCGCAUCACCGGCUACAAGAGCCAUGCAAAAGAAAUUCUGCACUGCUUGAAGAACAAGUAUUUCAAGGAGUUGCAGGACCUGGUAGUUGAUGGGCAAAAAAUUCAAGUGCCACAACCACUAAAGUGGUAUCCAGAAGAGCUAGCAUGGCACACUAACUUGAGCAGAAAAAUCUUGCGGAAGUCACCACAACUGGAAAAGUUUCAUCAGUUUCUGGUUAGCGAGACAGAAUGUGGAAACAUUAGUCGUCAAGAAGCUGUCAGUAUGAUCCCUCCUCUGCUGCUUAAUGUUAAUCCUCAUCAUAAGAUUCUAGAUAUGUGUGCUGCACCAGGGUCUAAGACUGCGCAGCUCAUUGAAAUGUUGCAUGCAGACAUGAAUGUUCCUUUUCCAGAGGGGUUUGUAAUUGCUAAUGAUGUUGACAACAAGCGCUGCUAUUUGCUGGUUCAUCAGGCUAAGAGGUUAAACAGUCCUUGCAUCAUGGUGGUAAAUCAUGACGCUUCCAGCAUCCCUACUCUACAAAUAGACAAUAAUGGAAGAAAAGAGGUCCUCUUCUAUGAUAGGAUUUUAUGUGAUGUCCCCUGCAGUGGAGAUGGAACCAUGAGAAAAAACAUAGAUGUAUGGAAAAAAUGGACAACACAAAAUAGCUUACAGCUACAUGGAUUGCAGUUAAGGAUUGCAACCCGUGGUGUAGAACAACUGGCAGAAGGAGGUAGGAUGGUCUAUUCUACGUGUUCAUUGAAUCCUGUUGAAAAUGAAGCUGUGAUUGCAUCCCUGCUGGAAAAAAGUGAAGGUGCCUUAGAACUUGCUGAUGUCUUUUCUGAGUUGCCAGGCUUGAAGUGGAUGCGAGGGAUUACACAAUGGAAGGUAAUGCUAAAAGAUGGACAGUGGUUUGAAGCCUGGAAGGACGUGCCUUCUAACAGGCAGACCCAAAUUCGGCCCACCAUGUUCCCAAUAAAAGAUGAAGAAAAACUAAAAGCAAUGAACCUGGAGCGUUGCAUUAGAAUAUUGCCACAUCACCAGAACACUGGAGGUUUCUUUGUGGCUGUAUUAAUAAAAAAAUCUCCAAUGCCAUGGAAUAAACGCCAAUCUAAGCUUCAGCGCAAGUUAUCACAGAGAACAGGAGAUGUUUCAGUGAGUGCAGCUGCUACAGAAGAUGGCUCUGUAGAAAUUGUUGAAGAACCACCAGCUGCUGAGGAUGAAGAGACUAAGGAAACUCAACACUUGCUGAAUGUAGAGAGUGAACAAAGCAAGAAAGAUGGAGUAUGUGGACCACCACCAUCUAAGAAAAUGAAGCUGUUUGGAUUUAAAGAAGAUCCGUUUGUGUUCCUCUCUGAAGAUGAUCCAUUGUUUCCAGCCAUCCAGAAGUUUUAUGCAUUGGAUCCUUCAUUCCCCAAGAUGAAUUUACUAACUCGAACUCAAGAAGGAAAGAAGAGGCAGCUAUACAUGGUUUCUAAGGAGCUAAGGAAUGUAUUGCUGAACAACAGUGAGAGAAUGAAGGUUAUUAACACUGGGAUAAAAGUCUGGUCUCGCAACAGUGAUGGUGAACAGUUUGGCUGUGCCUUCAGACUAGCACAAGAGGGAAUAUAUACACUGUACCCAUUCGUUAAUGCAAGGAUUAUAAACGUGUGCAUAGAAGAUGUUAAAGUGCUGUUAACUCAAGAGAAUCCAUUCUUAAGUAAAUUUACCAGUGAAACACACAAACGGGUCAAAGACUUGGCUAUGGGGAGCAUUGUCCUGAAGUAUGAACCAGAUCCCAGCAAACCUGAUACUCUUCAGUGCCCUAUUGUUUUGUGUGGCUGGCAUGGAAAGACCUCACUUCGUGCCUUUGUGCCCAAGAAUGAGAGACUUCAUUAUCUGAGGAUGAUGGGAGUUGAAGUGUUUAAAGCAAAGAGGAAAGAGGAGGAUUUUGAAAGUAAAACAGAGGAAGGAGAUCAGGACAACACAAAGCACAUGGAGGAAGAGAUGGAUAUAGAACAUAAUGAAUUAGCCACAAAAAUGGAGGCAGAAGUGGACGAAGAACCUAUUCAUGAGCUUAUGGAAAGCAGUGUUACAGAACCAGAGAAUAAAAUGGAAAAUGUCCAGCCUUCCGGUGAAAAUGCUGAAAAUAGAGACAUUGCUGACCUUAGUAGUGUGAAAUCUUGAGUUUUCACUGUCUGUCAUUUUGGCAUUACUUUCAUGAUAUGUAAUCUAGACUUUUGUCUUCAGUAUGUAAAUACACUUUUAAAACUGUUUCAGUUUCUUGGGGGAAGUUGAAAUGUUGGCACAAGGUAUUCUUUUUACAGAAGUUCCUGUGUUAUUUUUUAAAUAAAAAAAAAAUCUUUCCCUAA